AUGAAUGCUAAGGCGUUCUGGCGAGAACGCGUCAAGGCAGCAAUUGGUGCUGACCCGGCUUGCCCACGCCGGGUUGUCUCUUGCUUCGGUACCAUAGAUCCGGUGCUUUGCUUGAAGACUUCUGCAGGUUUGGACAGUGAUUUCUCCACCGCAGGUGUUUCCUAUGAAGGAGGGCUGCGCAAAGCGGCAGCUGACUACUGCCAGGCUGCCUUGCGAGUGCGGUACAUGGAUGGCAGCAAGACUAGAUUUCAAAGCUUCUGCUCCAAGGUGCCGAAGCCUUUCAUUUUGAUUGGAGCCGUAGAACACGUGAAGAAAUUGGAACGUCUCAAGGAAGCUAUGCCCAGCUCUAUGCCUGAUGUCAUUGUCCUGGACAUUUCUUUCCAAAGCGGAAAGGAUGAGGAACGCGUGGCAGAUGCAUUCACCUCGGCUUUCCCUAGCUUCCAGGUAGCUUUCCUUCGAACAUACAGUUUCGAUGCCUUUGGUUUACCAUGCUCUGGCCAACGUAUGUUACUAGCAGCCGCAGCAGCAGCCUGUUCAAAAGUGGAAGGAAUGAAUGAGUUUUGGGCGUCUUCUUUGGACGCCUGGAGCAAGCUGCCUGACUUUGGAGUCUCAAUCGAAAAGUGCCUAUUCUCUUCAGAAGAUCCCCAGCGUCUUUACGAACAGAAGCAGAGCAGAGAGGUGACCUUGAAGAGACGUGGCCCUGGCGGCUCCGAUCCAGGUCAUCCCAAAGACGAGAGAGCUGAGCUUUUCACAGGAGCUGUGUUGCACAAAUUGCUUCCAGAGGGUGCCACUACGUCGCCAAUCAAAGACACUGCCCUGCAUGAAGUUCAUGGCGCUAUUCUCGCGCACCGAUACCAACACAGUCAACACGCGAGCCGCAGCUUUCUCUUGGCGGACUCUGGUUCGAAAAAGUGGAAGGGUCACCAAGUGGUUGAGGGAAAGCUGCCAGACGUCAAGCCUUCAUCGGACGUUCUUUGCUUCAAUGGUGACGCUUGCCGUCCUUUGUGCCUGUCAGAGGUGUUGCGUUGCAAAGGCUAUAGUGGCCUGAGCUUGAACUUGCUGAGCCCGGCAGCUGCUAAAUCAGCAGUGGCCGAAGACUCCAAAAGCUUGACCUUUUCACGAUGA